GCAGCAGGAGCAGCAGGAGCAGCAGCGCUCUGGUCACAAGGAGCUGUGGUAGAGGCAGCAGCAGCAGCACUAUCAGUCACAGCGCAGGAAGCAUCGGCAGCAGCAGCAGCAGCAGCAGCAGCAAACUCUUCUCCGAUUCUCUCUUCUUCCCGGAGUUCUUUCUUGCUCGGAGUACCAACGCCAAGGAAGUCCGAGGAGGUGACAGCUGCUGUUUUUUAAAAAAAGAGAAAGAAAAAAAAACAAUCGCAGACCUGGCUGCCCCCAUGCCUAUCGAAUUUGUUUGCAAAAUCAAGUUUGCAGAGGAGGAUGAGAAGCAGAAAAGCAAGCAGGAUGGGGACAAGGAGAGUCUGAUCGAGGAGAGCUGCGCACCUCCGGCCAAGGACUUGGCCGGGUUUGCAAACUCCUGCUCCCUACACGGGAUUAAUCACAUCUUUGUCUCUGGACGGCUGGGUAUCCGGCAGACUCUGUGGGCUCUUGCUUUCCUCACUUCACUGGCACUCUUUGUUUACCAGGCAGCAAAAUGUGCCAUCUCCUACCUGGAGCAUCCUCACGUCACAGCCCUGAACGAAGAAGCCAGUCCGGAGAUGGUUUUCCCCGCCGUGACCAUCUGCAACAUCAACCGCUUUCGCUUCUCCGCACUCACCGAUGCCGAUAUCUACCACCUGGCUAAUCUGACGGGACUGCCCCCCAAAAACAGGGACGGGCACAAACCCACCGAUUUGAUGUACCCUGCUCCAGACAUGCAGGACAUAUUCAACAGGACGGGACACCAGCUGGACGAGAUGCUCAUGAGCUGCAACUUCAGCGGGCAGAACUGCUCAGCUGAGGACUUCACUGUGGUUUACACCAGAUAUGGGAAAUGCUACACCUUUAAUGGGAACAAGACCACAUCUAGGAAAACCAAGCAAGGUGGAAUGGGAAAUGGGCUGGAGAUCAUGUUGGAUAUCCAGCAGGAUGAAUAUCUGCCGAUAUGGAGAGAGACGAACGAGACGUCUCUGGAGGCCGGAAUCCGAGUUCAAAUCCACAGUCAGGACGAGCCUCCUUACAUUCACCAGCUGGGCUUUGGCGUCUCUCCAGGCUUCCAGACCUUUGUUUCAUGUCAGGAGCAAAGGCUGACAUACCUGCCCCAGCCUUGGGGGAACUGCCGCUCCAGCAGCAAAGAGAAGUUCCCCGGAUAUGACACGUACAGCAUCAGCGCCUGUCGCCUGCUCUGUGAGACCAACGAGGUUGUGCGAGUGUGCAACUGCAGGAUGGUGCACAUGCCAGGAACCGCUGAUAUCUGUCCUCCGAAUAAAAUCAACUGUGUUGACAAAGCACUUGCCCAGCUCCAGAAGACCAGCGGGGACACCUGUCCAUGCGAGACGCCUUGUAAUCUCACCCGUUACGGCAAAGAGCUCUCCAUGGUCAAAAUCCCAAGCAAGGGUUCAGCUCGGUAUCUCUCCAGGAAAUACGACAAGUCCGAAGACUACAUCCGAGACAAUUUUCUGGUAUUGGACAUCUUCUUUGAGGCGCUCAACUUUGAAACAAUAGAGCAAAAGAAGGCCUAUGACGUUGCGGGUUUAUUAGGUGACAUUGGUGGCCAGAUGGGUCUUUUCAUUGGAGCCAGCAUCCUGACUAUCUUAGAAAUACUGGAUUAUAUCUAUGAGGUCUUCAAGCAGCGGCUACAACGUGCACUGAGGCCACAAAAAGAGGAAAAGAAAAGCAAGCCGCAACCGCAGCCUGCUACUGUUGCAACAGUGGGCCUGGAAGAGAUGAAAACAGAGGAGCCCAACGCCGUGACGCGGAAUCACCCAGAAGGGGCGUACGCCAACACGAUGCUACCCAAUCAUCACCACCAUCCUCACCAUCAUCACAGCGGACAUCACGGACCAUUUGAGGACUUCACGUGCUAGAUCCAACCAUUCUUUCCGUAAUUUUCUUUGCAUUGACAACCGCAGGGAGAAAAAAGCAGUGUUUGUUGGAGGAGAGACCUUCUGCAUUAAAGCGCCAGUUCUUUGCUGCCAUCAGUGAAAAGCUCCAGCCAAAGUCCAACACCAAACUUGUGAUGCUAACAAAGCACUUGUAUGUACCGUAAGUAGGCACAAAAUGGACACUGCGUUUUGUUUGCUUGUUUUGUUUUAUCAGGAUGGGUGGAACCCCUUUAACUUUGUCUUGCUUCAAGUGAGAAGUCAGGCACUUUAUGUUGACGGUGCGUGUUUCCUUUCCCGGAGGGAAACGAGCGACGACUGCAUGACCACUUGAUGCCGUUUAUGUACUCCCCAAAAAGGACAGUAUGAUUUUUUUUAUUUGUUUGUGUUAAAGCCAUCUUGAUGUUUUUUGUUUUUUCCCUUAAGCUAUUCCCCUUUCAUGGAGUACACACUGUAGCCUAUUGCUGCAUCAAGUCAUUGAAACAUUGUGAAAUAUCUAAUCAUUUAAAGAGAUACUAUAUGUUCUAUAUUGUAUACAAGAUGAACUCUAAAGUAAACAAAGCUCUUUUGUGUUAAAGUAAUUCAAAGAGGUUAUCAAAGUGGAACUGAUUUUUUUUCUUUAAGAUUGAAGUGGCAUCUUUCCACAUCAUUACACAUAGUUUAUUUGUGGCAAAGGUGUUAGCGAGUAGCAUUGUACAUUGUAACAUUAACAUUGUAAAAAAAAAAAAAAAAAAACCCCGAGAGAUUCUGUUUUAAUGGUUGUUGUUUAUAAUGCAUUACUAUAUAACUUAAGUAAUUCUUUUGUUAUUUAUACAUUUUAGAGAAAUAAUUUUCUAUGCGAUCAUGAUUGUAGCAAUUGCUGUACACUGAAAAUCUACUGAUGAAGAAAAAUAUCAAUACAUUUGUACAGGUAAGAACAAUGACUAUGGAUUGUGGACAUUAUUUCCCCUCUACGUUUUGUUUUCUACACGCACAUGUAUAGUGGAACCUCAAAAGUGGAAGAGCCCCCUGAAGUUGUAAGAUUGGGGAUUCAAACGACCAAAGUCAAACAAAACAGCAGUGACCAUCAAACUGGAAAUGGAACUGAUUGUAACAGAAGACGGAGCAUCGCUGGCAGACAGAAUGUACGUAAAAAUCGGUCGGUUCCGUUUUUAUGUGAAGAGACUCGCCUCUCAAGCACAAGCAGAAAUGUUCUUUUUAUAUUUGCAACACAAAAGUAAAAUUUCGCUGCAUCAGUGUUGUCAACAUUAAAAAAAACAUUUAUCAUCAAAUUAUUGGUUUGGUAUUUACCAUUGUUCAUAUUAGGCUUCUUCUUAUACUGGUGCGGCAUUGGAAUCUUAAAAAAUGACUGAAACCUGAAUUAUGUUCAACCUUUAGAGGUUCCACUUUACAUUCUUACCUGACCUAUUUAAGAAAAGUCCAGAAAAUUUCAAGGAAUGAACUGAGGGUGUAUGUGUGUACAUCUUUAAUGAGCACAUUUUACAUGAUUGAGAAAAAGAUGAUUGAGGAUCACCUUUUUUUUUUUUUUGAAGCAGCAGUAACGGUAAGUUUUUUUGGGGGAUCUGAUCAAUGUUGAUGUGGAGCGCCAAUGACAAUCAUUGUGACCUUCAGAGAGAGUUCUGCAUUGCUUUGUAUCAGAAUUUAACCAAUUUGAGUACUGGAAGCUUGUAAUAAAUGUUUCUGUAAUCUAAUUUAAUUACAGUAAUUUGAAGACUGCACACUUAAGAUCAUUUCUGUAUUAAAAUUUAUUUAAGCUAAUUUGAGUACAGCACAUAAAUAAAUAUGUUACUAAUUUU